GUCACUCGCGCUGCGGCAGUGGACGCGGGCAGCCGGCCAGGCAGCUAAGGCGAGCGACGCGGCGACAACCCGGCAGCGGACCUCUCUGCCCUUGACGCAAGUCUCUGAGCGGCGCGCGCGUAAAAGGUCGACAUCUGAUGUGUUGAUGCCGGGCAGUCGUGGCUAAGAGCAGUGAUCAGAAAGAAGACCGCGCGAUCAGUGAUUGAACGCACGCCACUUGACUUGCUGUGCUGCGACCGCCACACUCACCAUGCGGACCCUGUGUCUGCUCGUUGCUCUGCUGCUGCUGGCAUUGGCCGUUGGCAGCAAAGCUGCCGACAAUGCGACCUUGUUACCGGACGCCGACUCUGACACCGUGGGCGGCGAUGGAAACUUUAUGAGCAACAGCCUGGACCAGCUCGAGAUGGAACUUGUUGAACAGCAGCAGCCGAGCGCGGAGCGGCGCGGCGCCGGCUGGGCGCCCUGGUCCACGUGGAGCGCCUGCUCGCGCACCUGCGACGGCGGCGUCGCCUCGUCGCUGCGCCGCUGCCAGGCCGCCGCCGGCUGCGUCGGCGAGUCCAUCCGCUACAAGAUAUGCAACAUGCAGGCGUGCCCCGAGCCGGGCGACUUCCGUGCGCAGCAGUGUUCGUCGUUCGACAAGGAGCCGUGGCGGGGCGCCGAGCUGCGCUGGCUGCCGCACCCGCAGGAGGCGGCGCCGUGCGCGCUCACGUGCCGCGCGACGCGGCCCGACGGCUCGCACGUGGUCGCCACGCUGGCCGCCCGCGUGCAGGACGGCACGCGCUGCCGCCCCGGCUCGCUCGACAUGUGCAUCAGCGGCCAGUGCCAGCGCGUCGGCUGCGACCUGCGCAUCGGCUCGUCGAAGCGCGUCGACACGUGCGGUGUAUGCGGGGGCGACGGCUCCUCGUGCGCCAAGCCGCUCUUCCACUGGGAGCACGCGUCGGCCUCGCUCUGCUCGGCGCCCUGCGGAGGCGGGCGCAAGAUGUCCCGCCCGGUGUGCCGGAACCGUGUGACGGGCGCGGAGGCGGACGAGAAGCUGUGCAACGCCUCCCAGAAGCCGCCGCGCCUCUUCCUCAGCUGCAACGCGCACCGCUGCCCGGCAAAGUGGGUGCCCGACCCCUGGGGACCCUGCUCUGCGACCUGCGGCAGCGGCCACCGGCGGCGCGGCCUGCGCUGCCUGCAGCAGGAAGGCAACGGCAGCCUCACACUGGUUGCUGACUCGGAGUGCCGCGGCCCGGCGCCACACCAAGAGGAGAGCUGCAAGGCUGCAGACUGCCCCACCUGGAGGGCCACGCCCUGGUCUCCCUGCUCGGCGACGUGCGGGGCGGGCGUGCAGACGCGCACCAUUUCGUGCGGCGACGCGGCGUCGCCGGCGCCCCCGGCGCUCUGCGACGCUGCCACGCGGCCCGUCCAGAAGCAGGCGUGCCACUCCGGCGUCGUCUGCCCCGGGCCCGUCUACCGCACAGGAGAAGAAGAGGAGGCGCUUCCGGGACAAGACCACACGCAGCCAUUGGUGCAACCAUAUCCCCCCACGGACGGCAGCUUCAUGGCAGGAAAAUGGGGCCCUUGCAGUGUAACUUGUGGUAUUGGAAUUCGCACGCGUGAUGUAUACUGCAGAAUAUAUUUGGAAUUCUCAAAAGCUUAUGCCAAGAUGCCUGAUGAAAACUGCCAAGGACCAAAGCCAUCAGAGUUUGAAAAAUGUAAAAUGCAGGCUUGUGAAGAUCAGAGCAUGAAUGAUACACUUCGAGAUAGCACACAGAGGGACCCAGCUUCGACAUCCCACAUCUCCCAUGGAGAUCCAGACAUAAAAGUGAAGGUUGCUCCUGGAUCGUCUGGGCCAUAUUCGUGGAAGUCACAAGGCUUCACUCACUGCAGCGCUUCCUGCUUAGGAGGUGUCCAAGAAUCCUUGAUAUCCUGUGUACAAGACAACAACCAAAAGACAGUGAGUCCAUAUUUGUGUGACAAAGAAACCAGACCAGAAGUACUGAUACGAACAUGUAAUGAUCACCCUUGUCCUCCACGGUGGAACUAUUCUGACUUUCAGCCUUGUUCAAAGCCAUGUGGCAUUGGAAUAAGGACAAGAGAAGUUAUGUGCAUACAUGAAGUCACAAGAGGUGGAGGAAACACUGUGAUAGUGCCCAACAACAUGUGUCCACAACCACCUCCUCCAGACAGGCAAUACUGCAAUGUCUUGGACUGCCCAGUGAAGUGGCACACAAAACCAUGGUCUAAGUGCUCGAAACCUUGUGGUGGGGGUAUAAAAACAAGAGAAGUUGAGUGCUUGCAAGUAAUGGCCCAGAACCAUAUAGUGCCACGUCCAACAUCACAAUGUCCUACAUCUAAACCAGCUGACAAGAAGCCAUGUAACACUAAAGCUUGUUCUACACAUUCUGAUCGACCAAUUAUUGAUACUGAAAACAAAACUUUUAUCCAAAAGAACUCAAAUGAGAAGAAAGUAAGUUUGAAGAUAGGAGGACAAGCAGUGGUGUUUGCAGGCGUUCAGGUGAAGAUAAGAUGCCCUGUUAGAAGAUUUAACAGAACGAAGAUCCAAUGGGAAAAAAAUAAUACACAGAUAGUAAACUCAAAGAAAUUUAAAAUAACAAAGAAAGGAGCAUUGAGGAUUCAGAACUUAAAUUUCAGAGACAAUGGAAAAUAUAGUUGUAUUGCUGGAUUAUCGAGGGCAGAUCUCUUCCUUUCUGUAAAGCAGCCUCUAGUGACAAGUUCAGAAGAACUGGAAAGGCAUUCACAUAAUCGUUUGCAGCAACAGAUGCCUAUGAAUGACAAGAACAUACAGAUGACAGGAGCAAGACGGGACCUUUUCUCACAAGACUUGAGCCAUGAGACCCAGCCAGAAGGUCAAAUGAAGCUAGGACGAACAUGGUCAUCCCAAUCAAGUUCGUCUACUCUUCAGCCUUCCCUUUCAUCACCAGAGCCUCCAGGAGUUAAGUUGGGCGAGUUCAGUGCACCAACUAGUUCAUCUGGCUCACUGGAAGAUCACAGUCCACAACUGUCAUCUGCAAGUUCAGGAAGUUCAAGAGCGGGUGUCCCUGCAAUGCCACAUUUCCAGCAACUGCUAGAAGGUUUGCAGGAAUUUUUACCUUUCCAGGCUUUCAGCAGCCCCAGGGGCCUUCGCACAAUUCCAGAAACUGCUGUAACAUCAUUUGGAGCAAAAAGUCAAAAGGAGGAAGAGGAAGAAUAUGGUGAUGAUUAUUUUGAAUAUGACAAUGAGAAUCCUGUGUUUCAAUUGGGAGAACAGGAUAACAUUACUGAAGAGUCAACAGAGGAGCCAGUUAUCUCUCUCAGAGAAAAUUUAAAAUUUGACUGGAUGAUCACAGAGUGGUCCAAAUGUUCACAGACAUGUGGCAAUGGUGGAUUUCAGGUACGAGCUGCUCACUGCAUGCUUCAUGUUAAUGGAAGCACCCAGAGUGUUGAGAAUAGGCUGUGUGAGGAUGCUGGACUGCCAGUUCCUCCAACAAUGCAGAACUGUGGACUGGAAUUCUGUCCACGUUGGACAGCAGGAAACUGGUCACUCUGUGAGGAAUCUAGGUGUUUUACAUGGAACACAGCUAUGCAGCGCAGAGAUGUUACAUGUUUGCUGAGUAAUGGAACAGAAGUUAAUGGCUUGUGCAAUGAAUCAGAAAAACCUCCAGUAAGACAAGAGUGCUAUAAUGAUAAGUGUAAAGGAACGUGGAAAGUGGGAGAGUGGUCUGAAUGUACUGCACCAUGUGAGAUGCAAGGUAUAAAAUAUCGCAUUCUGCAGUGUGUGUGGUAUGGAACUAAGAAACCAGCAGGCAAUGCAUGCCGUGAACAGCCUCGACCACCAGUCAUGAAAGUUUGCAUGGGACCUCCUUGUGCUCAAGUGUUAGAAUGCAAGGAUCAGUCAAAAUACUGUCAGAUAGUGAGAACCAUGAAAGUGUGUGGUAUGUACCAAUACCAGUAUCAGUGUUGUCAGUCCUGCCGCAGUAAAGGUUAAUCUGGCAGAUUCAGUCAGCUGUUUCUGCAAGAAGAGGGAAAAUAUCUGUGUAUCACUAAAGUUAAAUAAAAGCAAGAUACAGACUGCAUACUACACAGUGAUGAUAUUCCUCUUUGAAAGAUGUAAAUAUUCUUGGGCAUUGGCUGUAGUGAUGUGGUCUCAGAAUUCUGUGUGUGAUUUUUUUUAACAGUGUGCUAAUGUUCUGCUUUUACCUUCAUAUGAAACACCAUACUUUUGUGCUAUGUUCACACCAACAUGUUUACACAUGGGUCCUCUGUAUAAAUGAUCAAAACUUGUAAUAAUUCCAUGUGAACUUCAGUCCUGGACAUUGGAAUAUGUGCUAUAGCGUGUGAAAAUUUACCACAGUCCAAGUGAAAACAUUUCACAAACAGUAAUGACUUCACCUGAGAGUGUCUUACAUUGGCAAAAUCAGUGAUGACAGCUAAAUAAAGGAAAAGCUGGCUCUUAAACUGUUGCCAAUAUAUUUGUUUUAAUAUGCCCAUCUUAAAUUUUCAUAUAGCUACACAAGUUCAAAUUCUUGUUCCACAUUCCAAAGAAUUUAUAUUUAUAAGUGUAAAUAAAAUAUCAAGAAAAUGCUGAGACUGUCAGAUUAAUGAAGAUAAAACUAAAUGUGUUAAGUGCAGCGGACUCUAUAUUUCCUAUUUACAUAAUAAAUCUGAAGUGUCUCUUCAGAAAAUCGCUAUUGUGCUGUGUAACUGAUUUUAUGCUUUGCAUGAGGAAAAAACUAAUCCCAGAGUAAAUAUGGGGCCAUCAUUCAUUUUUGUACACCAAAGGGAAGAUUAAAAAUGCAGAGUUUGUUAUCAUAGAUACUUCUGAUUUAGGACAUAUUCCAGAAUAGUCAUAAGUAUCUGAGUUACUGUAAAUAUUGAUAUUGGAAUAAUUCCUUUGAUACUGUUGUAAUCUUAAUAAAGUUUAAUUGGUCAUAUGUAAUUUUGCAAGUAAUUCAAAGAAUCAUUCUCAAAACAUUCUGGUAUCCACAUCUAAUUACUUGAGAAAAAUUGUGGGAAGAACAUAAAUGCAGUGUAAUUGCAACAUAAAUAGUUGUUGUUAUGCAAUAUUACUGUUGAUUAUAGCGCAGAUCAGUUUAUGUACAACGUAAAAUAUUUUAUUUCAGUUGGAUCAAGAAUUUUAAAAGCUAAAAUUGGGUCAUAUUCAUCUAUUAUUUGAUUUAAACAUGCAGUCUCUUUCUCUCAGUUAAUUUAAUUCUUUAAUAAUCAGUGAUAGGCUUUAUUUAUUUGGUUGCCAUUGAUCAGUUUACAGUACUUUUUCAUGCUGUAACUUCAUGAUAAACAGUAAAUUCAGUUUCCUCCCUUGAUGAGUUUACAGCACUACUACCAGUAUAUCAUAGAACUCUGUUCGCAGUUUCGAUUCAUUUUAAUGGAGAUCUCCAUUUAUAUAUAAAGGCAUUGGUCUAAGUGAACAGUUAUGUACCAGCACAAAGGAAGAGAUGCUUUUUGUGCAUUUAGUACUUUGAACUGAAUCAAAAUUCUGUAAAUCUAUGCAUUGAUGGUCACAAAUGUAACAUAAAAAGGUUUCUGUUUGUGUUUCAAUAUUAUUGCACUCAUGCUAAUUACUUAUUAUUUGAAAAAUAUGGAUGUCAAACUCCAGUCAAAGAAAGACAGAAGAAACUUGCACUCAGUAAACCUCAACACCUGUUCCUCAGGGAAUUCUACAUGUGAUCCUUCAUUGUAUGUUUGCCAUAUUUCUUCAUUUUAACAGUUUUCAUACCUAGAUGUUAGAGACUGUGAAUGAGAGUAAUACAUGGUGUGGUGCUGUAAAUUACUGAACCCUUUUGCUAGAAAACUGAUGUUGACGUAACAUUACAAGUACCAUGAAUAUUUUUAAAAAAAUGCUAGAACAAUUCCGAUAAGUGUACAGUGUUUUCUGAUAUCAAAGCUUAUUCAAUAAUUGAAAGAUGUUUUGUUAACUGGAGUAUCUAAAGUUUAAGCAGGACAUGCAAGAAAUAAAAUUCCUGGUAGUUACACUGGGUGUGAUUUUUUGCUACCCAGUUUCUUCUGAAUUACUGUUUGAUGUGGACAAGGGAAUAAUUUACUUUUGCAGAAAGAUACAUGCAAAUCAAUUCUCAUUUUAAAAUGUAAAUGCUCCUACAGGGAAGAAAACAUUUAAUAAAAUAUGAGUCAUAUAUAAUGCAUUAGUUCUUAAGAGCUAAGCAGACAUAAUUUCUGAAUAUAUUAUUCUGAACCACUGCACAAAAUCUGCAAAUGGAACCAGAAACUCCUAGGAACCACAGCACAAUGGUAGCAGGAAAACAUUAAUAUUUCAUUUAAGUCACAAAAGGAAUUCCACUUACUCAUGAAAACUCAGUAAUUUAUGGUUGCAAGAAAUGGUUUAAUUUUUAAUGCUCUUAUGCUAUUAAAAAUAUCGAUAAGGAUACCAGGGUGAGAAUAGCUUUUCAUUCAUUAUACAUCAGGAUAGUAAUAUAGCUAACAUCAUGACUGAAAUGCAGACUACAACAACAACAUCUCUGAUAUUAGUCCUGCCUGUUAUAUAAAAAACCACGUAAUAGAACUUAAUCCAAGAUAUUCUAGUUGAGUCUGAAUCCACAUGAUAAUGUGUGAUAGGGAAACUUAUAUUAUGGCAAUGGCAAUGGUGAAAAGUAUAUGUUUGUCCAUUUUAUAAUUACUUGACUGAAUAAUAAUUAACUUUUCUCCAAAACUAAGCAAAAUAAUCAAAAAUGAAAAUGUUAAAGAUACGUCUGCAUUCACAAAAAAAAAAAAAAAAAAACAUGUGUGACAUGCUCAUGUGUGGCUAGAAGUAAGAUUUUAUUCCACUUUACCCCAAUCAGUUUUAUAUUAAGCAAUAACUACAGUAUCUUGAGUAUUAAUUUCUUUUCAUUCAACAGUGAUUUACUGUGUUCAACAUUAUUAAGCACAGGAUCUUCAAUUUUUACCGUUGUCUUUCACUACAUCAUUCUUCUAUUUCAUCUAUCUAAUAAUACCAUAUGGACAGUCUAAGCACUUCAACCUAGCUAUGGAUGAGAAGGAGAGAUUUAGUGGCAUUAAUCAAUCUGUAUGUCAAUCCGUAACAAAUAUGCAGAAGUUUCAAAUAAACAAGUACUGCUCACAAAGGAUAUGGAAUCAAAUCUGUGCCCCACUCCAACAUUACUUUCAUUGGAAUUAAUAUUACAUUAUUAUGUAACUUAAAUGACAAAUUUGUAAUGGAAAUCUGUUGAUGAUAAUAUUUCCUCCAAAGAACUAUCUUCAUUAUGUCAGUUCUAGGGAUAAAAUCUUACUAGACUCUGAUCUGCUCCAGAAUUUCUGAACAUUUUUAUAGUCUGAAAAAUUAACAAGUUAGAAUGUUUUGUAUUUGCUUUUCACAAAUUAUAUUUGACUGUUUGUUUCUGUAACUGUGAAGAUUCAUCCCUAACACCGAUUUCAAAGAGGCCAGUAGUCAGCCAUGUGAAAUAGUGUCUUGCUGCAACCUAGUGUACAUGAUCAAAUGAAAAUCUGUUGUGUACAGAAUAUGUUUCUAAAUUUAGUAACAAUUUGAACAGUCUUUGCACAUGCCACAUGUGUACCUAAUCCUUAUUUUACUAACAUAUGAUAUGGAAGAUGUAGGUAUGGCAAAUCAUUAACCUUGUUUGAUAAAAAGGAAAAGAAGCACUUCUUUUGUGUACUCAUUCUGAAAACUUAAAACAUUUAAAUUCCUCACUUGACAGUCUUAAGCCAUUUAAGGAAGAUGGCAUGACUCUUCUCUUACAUUAUUUAUAAAAGCCUUCUUUUUAUCAUCUAAUUUGCAUCACAUGUUGAUUGUGGUAUAGGCUACCACACCAAUACCACUAUGUUUUUUGUGGGAUUUUCAACAAAAAUAAUCAAUUGUUGAUAAUAUAAUGUAAAUGAGUAGAUAAAAAAUCUACUCACCAAGCAGUGGCAGGGCAACACAUGCACAAAAGGCUUUAACUUGUACAAGCUUUUGGGGCCAAUGGCUCCUCCUUCUGGCAGACGAGUUGAAGGAGAAGGAAGAGGGGUGAAGGAAAAGGACUGGAGAGUUUAGGGGACUGCACCAAAUGAGAUUUGAAAACCUGGAGCUUAAAGGUGGAAGACAGGCUAUUAAGCAAGACAGAGAUUACUACUAAAACAUUGUGCAGGAGUCAAUAAGUGUUAAAAGCCAAGUGCAUUGUUGUAACACAGGUGGGAGGGGGAUGGCAAAAAAUAGACAAGUCAGAAAAUGAAAAAUGUAGAAAACUAAAAUGGAG